UCUGAUGGACGUCUUGUGUGAAUCAUGCAGUUGGUGAACUGGUAAGAUGGCGGCCGCAGCAGUGGAAUUUCAGAGAGCACAAUCGCUGCUCAGCACGGACCGGAAUGCGUCUAUUGACAUUUUACACGCUAUUGUGAAGCGAGACGUGCAGGAGAGCGAUGAAGAGGCCUUGCGGGUGAAGGAGCAGAGCAUUCUGGAGCUUGGGGGUCUGCUGGCCAAGACAGGACAGGCGGCCGAGCUCGGAGGUCUGCUGAAGUAUGUUCGGCCCUUCCUGAACUCCAUCAGCAAGGCAAAGGCGGCGCGUCUGGUGCGCUCCUUGCUCGACCUCUUCUUGGAUAUGGAAGCAGCCACAGGCCAGGAGGUGGAGCUGUGUCUGGAGUGCAUCGAAUGGGCUAAAUCUGAGAAAAGGACCUUUUUGCGUCAGGCCCUGGAGGCACGCCUGGUUUCUCUAUAUUUUGACACCAAGCGUUAUCAGGAGGCCCUCCAGCUAGGCUCUCAGCUCCUGCAGGAGCUGAAGAAGAUGGAUGACAAAGCUCUUCUUGUGGAGGUUCAGCUCCUGGAGAGCAAGACCUACCAUGCACUCAGUAACCUGCCGAAAGCUCGUGCCGCCCUCACGUCUGCUAGGACUACAGCCAAUGCCAUCUACUGCCCGCCCAAGCUGCAGGCAGCCCUGGACAUGCAGUCAGGUAUCAUCCACGCAGCGGAGGAGAAGGACUGGAAGACAGCUUAUUCGUACUUCUAUGAGGCGUUUGAAGGCAACGACUCCAUCGACAGUCCCCGGGCCAUCACAGCACUGAAGUACAUGCUGCUGUGUAAGAUCAUGCUCAACGCGCCAGAGGAUGUGCAGGCACUGAUCAGUGGGAAGCUUGCCCUUAGAUACGCUGGUAGGCAGACUGAUGCACUGAAAUGUGUGGCCCAGGCCAGUAAGAACAGGUCACUUGCAGACUUUGAAAAGGCUCUAACGGACUACCGAGCUGAGCUGCGAGAGGACCCGAUCAUCAGCACCCACCUGACCAAGCUCUACGACAACCUGCUGGAGCAGAACCUCAUUAGGGUGAUCGAGCCCUUCUCCAGAGUCCAGAUUGAACACAUUUCCAGUCUUAUAAAACUGUCAAAGGGAGAUGUUGAGAGAAAACUGUCACAGAUGAUUCUAGAUAAGAAAUUUCACGGGAUCCUUGAUCAAGGGGAGGGUGUGCUUAUUGUGUUUGAUGAGCCCCCAGUCGACAAAACAUAUGAAGCUGCUCUGGACACCAUACAAAACAUGAGCAGAGUAGUGGACUCCCUCUACAACAAAGCCAAGAAGCUGUCAUAGGUGGUGGGUUCCUGCAGCUGAGAGCAAGGCCAGUGUGGGUUCCCUCAGGCACGGCCAUGGGGAGCCAGAUGUGCACACAGACUAAAGGAGCCACAACCCCAGAGUCUGCUGGGCCGGCUAGCUUUCACCCGGACAUUCUGAACAUUCCCCUCAGUGGACAAACUUCAGCUCCUCCAGGAUCUACUUUACUUUCCACCACCACCCUUCUCUUUUUUUCUUCACAGUUAUUUGUAUCUUGGCUGCCUCCAAUGAGCCAUCAGGGAAUCUUGAAAUAAUAAACACACAUGCAUUAUAAUUCUAUAAGAAAUGUAUAUAUAUAUACACAGAUUUCUUGCAGAACAAAGCUGACACAUGGAUGAGUCAACCCUGUUGCCAACCUAAAGGUCACUCUUUUUGACCAUGGACACCCCUUACCCCUCGUGUUAUUAGAGGAACUUUUCAGUCCAGAAUCUCCUCCUUCUGAGGCCCUGUGCAGACCUGCCUCUCUGAAACACAGCAUUCUGGGACUUUCUGCUUGUGGGCGGGGCAGGGCAGUAGAGGGAGAAUGCCAUGGCUAUCACGUUGUUUUCCUUGCCCCUACCCUUUCUUUGUAAAUAUCGUUGCCAAGCGUCUCUGUCUACGGCCUGCCAUGCUGUCGCGCCUUUUUUAUAACGCUAAAAACAAUAAAGUCACCAAGAGAA